ACAAGGGGCUGCAUGUGCCACUGGAGAGGAAGUAGAGCAAAUCAACUCCUAUUUUUCCAGGCUUGGUAAUACUACAAAAUAUAUGCUGCCAGAAGGUCGGGAUGAAAUGUUGACUGAAUGCGCAAGGGCAUGGAACAAGCGUAAGAUAAACAGCCUGGUUCAAUACCUAUGUAAACGAUACUAUCGCGCUGUUGAAAUGUCAAAGCAUUCAUUACAAAAGUUGGAUGAAUCAGUCGAUGACCUGUCUUUAGGUAAAGCAGAAAUAAAGUACUCAGAUUGGAAAUCAGAAGUUCAGAAUGUUGCCAAAGCGGAGGAGUUAAUAAGUGGAAGGAAAACUGAAAUGACUGCUCAAGAGCAAUAUUUUCUAUUUUCUGAGCACUUACGUCAAAUGCAGCUUUUAGAAAAUCUUGAAUGCUCUUUAGCGCCUGUCGUGGGUGCUGUUCUAACCUACCAGAACAUGUACAGUUCUCACAUAAAGAAAUUUAAAGACGUACCUGCUAUCGAAAAGAGAUUGAAAGAUUUAGAGAGUGAUUUUGAGGAAUUUGACAGACCAAGUGUCAUAGAAGAGGGAAAACGUUUGUUAGUUCAGAGAAGUCUUAACGUUCUUCAAACGAAAAUUGAAAUGGUCUAUUUCUCUAUUGUAAAAAGGACGUCGGCUAUUUCGAAACUUGCUGAUACUUCAAAACAAAGAGCAAAGUUGAGGCGGAAAACUGUAGCUGACAAGGAGCAGAUGAAAAAUUUGGUUGAACAGUACUCUGCGCUCUAUGACGGUAACAAACCUAUUGAGUUCGCCGCUGUAUUAGCUGGGAAGUUUCCUUGGAUACAAGAAAACAAAAGCGUUUCAGACAUACCUGUACGUGUGAAAGCGAUGGUGGUUGAAAAUUACUUAAUCUCCGAAAGAUGGAAAGAAGAGAUUGAGUUGGUGAAGACUGAGAUGGAACGUUUCCUGGCGUAUUAUUCGAAGCACGUUUUGCCGAAACUUCUCGACGAGAUAACAGCAAUUAGUAACUUGUCUGAAAAUGAUAAUGCGAUGGAUAUUGGCGAUCGUUCGCCCAAAGCUAGUAACGAAAGAAGUGAUAUCACUGAAGAUGAAGAGUUUGUGCAGUAUAAAGUGAAGAAUGCUUCUCAUUCGUACCUUUGCGGCUUGCAAGCAUUGAAAAAGAAAGGUUUAGAGUAUUGCAUUAAACAACUAAAUAUGGGUGUCGAGCAUUUUAGUAGAAUUACGGCUGGAGACUAUUCGAAAGUUCAAGAAUGCUUUCAUGGUUUUCCGUGGUCCUUAAGCGAAGGUGAUUCGGGUAUGAUUGAAGAGGAUAUUUCCGAUAAUGAUUUUGACGGCAAUGAAGAAGAUGACGAGAACGACAAUGAUGAGUACAGCGGUGAUGAAGACGGCGAUAAUAUACGUAAAGGACGAUUAUUUGUACAAAGCAUUUAGAAUUUGUGUAAAAUAUUGCAUGCCUAUAUAAUAAAAUAUUAAUUAUGUCACUAUGUCAUAGUUCCCCUACAUUGAUCAUUAGAGAUCGCUUGUUAUAAUAGUUGAGCAUACCGAAAAAGAUGUACAUUUAAUAACUGCAAUGCAUUGCGGUGAGAAAUCGUUUGGAAAAGCAAAUUGACGUAUUUCGAAGGACAUGCAUCAAACAGGAGGUUAUUUCCCUUUUUGUGAUAAACUUCUACGUCCUUAAGUGCUUUUCUUACCAUCUUUUUUCUGUCAUUUAUUCUUGAUGUCUGGAAUGCAUAUAGCUAUAUGCACAUGUAGCCAUCUUUUUCCCUAUGGUCAAUUGAAUAAACUUUUAAUCUCCAUGUGUACAUGGGAGCUGUAUUAAUAAAUAUCUAAAUUAUAUUAUAGGAUUAACACAAUAUUCAAAAUAGAUUAUCUGUAAAACAUGUACAUAUAAAAGUAUAAAACAUAAAUGAAUAUAUUUAAAAAUAGACCUAUUCUAAAGAGAAAGACAGGCAUGUUUCGAGUUACGCAAAACAAGGCUAGUCAGAUUUUCCCUGCUGAAUUUAAAGCCAUUUGUUCACUUUUUUGCCGGACCUGUUGCAAGCUUCAAAGU